AUAGUAUUCCAGCGAAUCCGCAACCAAUCCACGACCAUUGUCUCGUCCGCGAGAGGUCGGUGGUUCGAGCGAAGCAAUCUCACGGAUCGAAGCAAAAGGGAAAGACCGUCAGAACUCCUAUUUCCUCCGAUUCGCACACCGACUCGAUCAAUUAACGCAACAGAAAGGGUGGAAGAGAUUUGAAACCUGUUGACCAAUCUCUCACGAUGAGUUUUAUCUUCGGGAAGCGGAAAACCCCCGCAGAAUUGCUGAGGGAGAAUAAGAGAAUGUUGGACAAAUCAAUCAGGGAAAUAGAAAGAGAGAGGCAAGGGCUUCAAGCACAGGAGAAAAAGCUUAUUGUGGAGAUCAAGAAAACCGCUAAGCAGGGGCAAAUGGGAGCAGUGAAGGUCAUGGCAAAGGACCUCAUCCGAACGAGACAUCAAAUUACUAAAUUUUAUGCUCUCAAAUCACAGCUUCAAGGUGUAUCCCUCAGAAUCCAGACGCUGAAAUCGACCCAAGCAAUGGGAGAAGCAAUGAAAGGUGUUACAAAGGCUAUGGGACAGAUGAACAGGCAAAUGAACCUGCCUGCGCUACAGAAGAUAAUGCAAGAGUUCGAGCGACAAAAUGAGAGGAUGGAAAUGGUCAGCGAGGUUAUGGGAGAUGCCAUAGAUGACGCUUUGGAAGGAGAUGAGGAAGAGGAAGAAACUGAGGAGCUUGUGAACCAAGUCCUCGAUGAAAUUGGAAUCGACAUUAACGCAGAGCUUGUCAAGGCACCUUCAACCGCAGUGGCUAAGACAGAGGCAACUAAAAAGGUUGCCCAAGCUGAAGCAGCUGGAACCGAAGAUGGCGGAAUCGAUGAUGAAUUACAAGCAAGGUUGGACAAUCUAAGAAAAAUGUGAGCUGAGAACUGUAGUUAAUUCUGUAAAAUUGCUACACAAUAAUUGCAUCGCUGUCUGGUAUUUUGUGCCGCCUCAUAAAAUCUGUCUGGCUUGAAAGCUUUUUGUAUUUCACUCCUUUUCCAU